AUGGAAGAAGCAGUAAUGGAGGACAAGAAGAAGGGGGAAGAGAAGAGGAAAUCAACAUAUGCAAUAGGGGAAUCGAGUAGGUUGACCAAGAGGGGAACCGGUCGCUCAUUCUCAGCGGCAAGUGGGAGUUUUACACGUGGUGGUCCCAUUUUUCGAGGAAGUAGUGGACAGAUUUUCGGGGGAUCCACGGGCUUUAGCAAAGGUUCAUUCGAACGUAGCUCAUUUGUUAUGCCUUCUACUGGAUCAAGAAGGGGAGCUGGACCGAGUUAUGGUCGAGGACCAAUUUUUUCUUUGAGCCGUUCUACUUGUGGAAGACAACAUCAAGGGCCAUGUUGGAGACGGGAUGAUAUACCGAAGACUUGUUAUCGCUGUGAAGGUAGAGGACACAUUGCCAGGAAUUGUUCGAGUCAGACUAUAAGUGUGGUUGAAAGUAUUGCUAGCGGGACUUAG